AUUUUUUUGUAACUCUUCGGAUGCCUCUCUCUCGGGGCUGUAGCCUACGCAGCUAAAACGAUUUAACAAGGUUUCUAGUGUAUGAUGGUCAUUCUUUGAUUUCGUUUAUAAUUAUCGUUUGAUCGCUGAGGCUUGAUUUUUUUUCUUCUUUUUUUUCAACGGGAAAUAGUUGAAUGUUGAUGACGUUCCAUGUAUUUCCUCGGUUGAACCGGUGAGCGGGGCAGGAGCCUCCUCUUCUGAGCUGUCAACCUGGCUUCCUGUUCUACAACAUUAUAAAACGAGGACAUUUAUUGUUUUUGACAAAGUAAUUGUUGUUCGUCAUAUUGAUUUCUGCGUAAACUGAAACGUUUUUUUUUUUAUCGAAUUCUGAGGAUAUUGGCCUUUUUUCCCACCAAGGACCGACAUGGAUUUCCAUCGCUCGGUUCCAGGCUAACACGGGAUAUCACUUGUCUUUCUCCUAAAAGCUAAAGCUAUUCUUUGAUUUAUUUAUCGUGUGGAGCCCCUCCUACCUGAGUCGGGGAUAGAGGCGGACAUCGAGGAUCUAGAGCAUCCUCUCUUCAGACUCUGAUACCUUCUACCAGCUGUAAAACCAGCCCAUCACUCUGAGCCUGUCUUCACCCCCCUCUGACACGGCGUCUCCCUCCACCGGGUCGGUGAUGACGUCUCGGGUGUUGAUGAGGCAGGAGCUGAUGCGCCAGCAGGCCAGGGACCAGGAGAGGAGAGAGGCCCAGCGGCAAGUCUCCUCGGCCCAGUUACACACCACCGACUCCUCCUCAGCCAUCUCCAUGGCCCCAGAGCAUACCGAAGCCCGACCACCCUCUGUUCAGGUUCCUGUGGAGGUCCUCGAGGUUCAGACCUACCUGGAGAACCCCACUAAGUACCACCUCCAGGCCUCCCAGAGACAGCAGGUUAAACACUACCUCUCCUCCACCGUGGGGAACAAACUGACCAAUCAGACGCUGGGCGCCUCCCCCUCACCUCACUCCGGAUCCGCCCCCGAGCUCCAGCCUGCAACCAGCAGCUCUCCUAGCAGCCCAUUGGCUGUGCUCAGCCUGAGCUCCAAUAAAGAGGAGAUGGAAGAUGUGAUCGAUGGCAUCAUCAGUUUUGAAUCCGGUCUCAACGAUGAGUUCUUUCAGUUGAUCGACCCUGGACUACAGCUAGCCAACACGCUGCCGGUGUCAGUGAACAUGCUGGAUGUGUUCAGCAGUGGAGGGAUGGCUGCUCCUAACAUCACCGUGUCCAACUCCUGUCCUGCUGACCUGCACACCGUCAAGACUGAGUUAACCAGCACCGUGGUGGAGGCUAAAGCUAUGAUGAAGGAGCGACAGAAAAAGGACAAUCAUAACCAGAUUGAGAGACGGAGGAGGUUCAACAUCAACGAUCGCAUCAAGGAACUGGGAGCUCUCAUUCCCAAAUCUAGUGACCCACCCCCCUGCUACGGAGACAGGGAGACGCGUUGGAACAAGGGCACCAUCCUGAAGGCGUCUGUGGACUACAUUAGGAGGCUGCAGAAGGAGCAGCAGAGAGCCAAGGAGGUGGAGACCAGACAGAGGAAACUGGAGCACAGCAACCGCAGCCUACUGCUACGUAUACAGGAGCUAGAGAUGCAGGCCUGCCUCCACGGCCUCUCCACCCCCGCCUCCUCCUCCCAGGGCUCCUCCUCCUCACACCUCAGCCUAUCACAAUCCCUGGACCCCAGCACGGGCGACGCCCUCUCCAAGACCCUCCUCUCCCUGAGUGGUGGCCCAGGCCUUCAGGCCACCUCCCCCUCCCUUCUGUCUCCACCCCCCUCGGCCUCACCGGUUGGCCUGAUGAACAUGGCUUCUCCUCUGGGCUUCUCUGAGCUGGACGACCCUUCUGCCGCAGCCUUCCACUCCUCCCUGCUACCGGACAUGGGUCUUGGGGACAUCUUGAUGGAGCAUGGGGGGAUAGGGAUGUCCCCGGUGUGGGUCCGAGAGCCCCUGCUCUCCUCCAUUUCCCCAGGAGUCUCCAAGACCUCCAGCCGCAGGAGCAGCUUCAGCAUGGAGGAGGACUUGUGACUGAGUUAAAGGACCCUACCCCUUACACUGCUAGGCAAGAGCAGCUUCAUGCAUGGAGGAGGACUUGUGACUGAGUUAAAGGACCCUACCCCUUACACUGCUAGGCAGGAGCAGCUUCAGCAUGGAGGAGGACUUGUGACUGAGUUAAAGGACCCUACCCCUUACACUGCUAGGCAGGAGCAGCUUCAGCAUGGAGGAGGACUUGUGACUGAGUUAAAGGACCCCUUACACUGCUAGGCAGGAGCAGCUUCAGCAUGGAGGAGGACUUGUGACUGAGUUAAAGGACCCUACCCCUUACACUGCUAGGCAGGAGCAGCUUCAGCAUGGAGGAGGACUUGUGACUGAGUUAAAGGACCCCUUACACUGCUAGGCAGGAGCAGCUUCAGCAUGGAGGAGGACUUGUGACUGAGUUAAAGGACCCCUUACACUGCUAGGCAGGAGCAGCUUCAGCAUGGAGGAGGACUUGUGACUGAGUUAAAGGACCUCUUACACUGCUAGGCAGGAGCAGCUUCAUGCAUGGAGGAAAGCCUGUGACUGGGCUGAGUCCAAAACCAACCCCUAGACCAGCAUUUCCCAAACUCGGUCCUCGGGAUCCCAAUGGGAUGCACGUUUUGGUUUGUGCCCUAACACUACACUGAUUCAAAUGAUCAAAGCGUUAUGGUUAAAUUAGUAUUUCAUUCCACUGUGUAGUGCCAGGGCAAAAACCAAAACGUGCUUUCCUUAGGAUCCUGAGGACCGAGUUUGGGAGACCCUUCCCUAGACCCUGGCUCCUAACUUUUAGACCCUGGCUCCUAGACCCUGGCUCCUAGACCCUAGACCCUGGCUCCUAGACCCUAGCUCCUAGACCCUAGACCCUGGCUCCUAGACCCUGGCUCCUAGACCCUGACUCCUAGACCCUAGACCCUAGACCCUGGCUCCUAGACCCUGGCUCCUAGACCCUAGACCCUGGCUCCUAGACCCUAGACCCUGGCUCCUAGACCCUGGCUCCUAGACCCUGGCUCCUAGACCCUGGCUCCUAGACCCUGGCUCCUAGACCCUAGACCCUGGCUCCUAGACCCUGGCUCCUAGACCCUGGCUCCUAGACCCUAGCUCCUAGACCCUAGCUCCUAGACCCUAGACCCUGGCUCCUAGACCCUGGCUCCUAGACCCUAGCUUCUAGACCCUGGCUCCUAGACCCUGGCUCCUAGACCCUGGCUCCUAGACCCUACCCCUAGACCCUGGCUCCUAGACCCUAGCUUCUAGACCCUAGCUCCUAGACCCUGGCUCCUAGACCCUAGCUCCUAGACCCUGGCUCCUAGACCCCAGCUCCUAGACCCCGGCUCCUAGACCCUGGCUCCUAGACCCUAGCUCCUAGACCCUAGCUCCUAGACCCUAGCUCCUAGACCCUAGCUCCUAGACCCUAGCUCCUAGUAAUUGUUUAAGACACAAGGUUAAUUGUAGAUCAGUCAGUCUGCAAUGUAGUUCACCUGGAACACGACUUAAGGCCUAUCAGAGGACUGGGGUGGAGCCUCCACAUACUAUGCAUGGCCCCGUCCAUCAAUCACAGAGUCGUGGUCAAAGGUCUUAGUUUAGUCGAGGAUUUGCAAAACUCCAGUCCCCAGGUUUUCCAGAAAUCCUGUCAGUAAGGUUCCAGAAUUCCUGUCAGGCUGGUUCCAGAAUUCCUGUCAGGAAGGUUCCAGAAUUCCUGUCAGAAAGGUUCCAGAAAUCCUGGCAGGAAGUUUCCAGAAAUCCUGUCAGGAAGGUUCCAGAAUUCCUGUCAGAAAGGUUCCAGAAAUCCUGUCAGGAAGGUUCCAGAAUUCCUGUCAGAAAGGUUCCAGAAUUCCUGUCAGGAAGGUUCCAGAAAUCCUGUCAGGAAGGUUCCAGAAAUCCUGGCAGGAAGAUUCCAAAAAUCCUUAAAAAAGGGGUCAAAAUGAAUUGCAGACUAUGUGAGAGUAGAUGAAACACGUUAAAUAUACAUGAAGCUAUUUUUAUGUCUGUUAUUUUCAGGAGUUGUCCAUCCCUGGUCUUUAUCAUAGAAAAGGAAACAGGAGUUGGGGAAUAUUGUUUCAAUGAAACAACAGAUGGUGUGUUCAGAAAGCCACAAUUAUUCAAUUAAAAAACAUUAUUUGUAUGUAUGUAUGAUGAGACCUCAGCAUUUGUGAAACUCUGCAAAACAAAAAGGGAUGGCAUUAUUCUGUGUUGAAACAGCAAGAUUAACUGUCUGUGUAUCCCAAAUAGCAACCUAUUCCCUACAUGGUGCACCUCUGGAUACUACUGGAGUGCAGUAUAGAGGAAAUACGGUGCCAUUUGGGAUACAUGAUAGUGCAGCACUUUUCAUUGGUAGACAUGUGCAGUCGUAUGCUUCUAAAGAGUCCCACAGGAAAACCAGUCUGAGCAGCCAGCCAUAUAGUAGACUAAACAGUUACUGUGUUUGUAGACCCAAUGUUCUGUUGUCUUCAACAACAAGACAGUUAAGAGUAAACUAACCCUGAACUUCAUCACUUCCUGUUCCUGGCCUGGCUGGGGUCAAUUCAGUUCAAUGAGUUGAAAAAAAGAAAAAACGAACAGAAUGUAAUGAGAAUGUUUUUUAUUUUUUUAUUCAUGAAUUCCAUUUUUUCAUUCUCUUCUUAGAUUUUACAGAUUGAAAAUGGAAUUGACCCCUAACCCUACUGUCAGUCACUAAACUGCAGUAGUUUGGCUGUUAUAAGCACUUAUAAAGGUGUUAUGAGUGCUUAUACGCCCCAUGUAUCUACAUUACCAGACAACAGUUUUAGAACACCUACUUUUUUUUCUUUUUCUUUUUUUACAAUUUUCUACAUUGUAGAAUAAUAGUGAAGACAUCAAAACUAUGAAAUAACACAUAUGGAAUCAUGUAGUAACCCCCCCAACAAAACGUGUUAAACAAAUCAAAAUAUAUUUUUAUAUUUGAGAUUCCUCAAAGUAGCCUCUGGUUUGCCUUGAUGACAGCUGUCCAAACCUAUUGGACUGGUACUGUAUACGGUGUAAACACAUGGGACGCGACAAUAAUGGAAUAAGAACCAGGUCUGUUGUGUUGUGAUUUUUUUUUUAAAGGCUGACAUUCUAUAUAGCCUGGUUCCAGGUCUGUUUGUUUGUGCUGUGUAAAGUAGCAAAACGGCACAAAGCAAUCUGGGACCAGGCUAGAUGUUUUAAAUUUGAUGUAAGGUAUUUGGUAUUGGUAUUUAUUAGCCGUUGCGAAAGCAGCAACUAGUUUUCCUGGGAUUUUUAUUUCCAGGGAUGAGGUGAUAGGAUCAUUUAAACUGCUAAAAGGAUGCACCUUACAAUAACAAAAGGUUUCUUUCAGCUGCCAUUCAUAUUAUAACAGAUGCUUAACACUGGUUUCAGGUUGCAAUCCAGGCUAAUGCUUGUAUAAUAGAUAAUAAUAUGCCACGUUUCUUUGUCACCUGUGUGUAUAUAUAUUUUACGUAUGGGUGGUCCCAGACAUGGGGCGGCAGGGUAGCCUAGUGGUUAGAGUGUAGGGGAGGCAGGUAGCCUAGUGGUUAGAGUGUAGGGGCGGCAGGGUAGCCUAGUGGUUAGAGUGUAGAGGUGGCAGGGUAGCCUAGUGGUUAGAGUGUAGGGGCGGCAGGGUAGCCUAGUGGUUAGAGUGUAGAGGCGGCAGGGUAGCCUAGUGGUUAGAGUGUAGAGGAGGCAGGGAGCCUAGUGGUUAGAGUGUAGAGGAGGCAGGUAGCCUAGUGGUUAGAGUGUAGAGGAGGCAGGUAGCCUAGUGGUUAGAGUGUAGAGGUGGCAGGGUAGCCUAGUGGUUAGAGUGUAGAGGUGGCAGGGUAGCCUAGUGGUUAGAGUGUAGAGGUGGCAGGGUAGCCUAGUGGUUAGAGUGUAGGGGCGGCAGGGUAGCCUACUGACUUUCCUAGUAAAAUAAAGGUAAAAUAAAAAAAUAAAAAACAUUGAACCUACAACCCUGGCAUUACAAGAGCCAUGCUCAACCAACCUGAGCUACAAAUAACCACAGGUUUGAACACUGGCUGUAUGUGGCCACACUGAUGACUUCUACAUAACAUGAUGAGUCUGCUUUGAUUUUGUAGAGGAAACAAGUUGUUUUACAAGUUGUAGAUUACAAUUUUUAUUCACCUGGAAUCUUUCUCCUGUUGUAGCUGUACAUACCGAUAUUUGAUCUAAUCUCUCUCCUGUUGUAGCUGUACAUACCGAUAUUUGAUCUAAUCUCUCUCCUGUUGUAGCUGUACAUACCGAUAUUUGAUCUAAUCUGUCUCCACUUGUAUCUGUACAUACCGAUAUUUGAUGUAAUCUGUCUCCACUUGUAGCUGUAUCUACCGAUUAGUGAUGCACCGAUAUUACAUUUUUUGGCCAAUACCGA